GCGGCUAGGAGAGUGAUGACAAAAGUUGUUAAUGCAUUGAGUGUUAUGCGGCACAUAGGUGGCCCUGCUGCGUGUAGUUAUCUUUUAGGAAUUCCUGAUCACUACACUAAUGACAUGUUCAAAGUGUUCUAUUGGUACGGAUAUGUGAGGCGAGUUUUAUCAGAUACGGACAGGUUGGUCGGAAGUGAAUAUGUGCAGGAUAGUUCAGAGAAGGUGAUGGUUGCAGUGAAUGAUUAUAAAGUAGUAGGAUUAAAUAAAGUAAAUGAUUAUAUAUUCAGGCCCAAAGAAUUUGACAGUUGGACAUUAUAUGAUUAUAUGUGUCUUACUCGCGUGCAGCGAGGGAAGGUUGUGACCAAACGGAGUGAUAUGCAUGAUAAUUUAUCCAGGUAUGAGUUUUUGAGUGAUCACCCUCUUUCACGGUCUCAUUACGUUUGCAUGUUGCCGGACGCUCAUAAAUUUGUUUUGAAUUUCUGUGGACCAGUGCUCCCUCGAAGGGAUAGCGGAGACAGAGAGAUGUACUGUGCGACGAUGUUGACAUUUUUCUGUCCUGGAGGAUGGCGAAGCGGCGAAGAUCUGGUGUGCAACGAUAAUAGUUGGUCUGUGAUAUUUGAUAGCACUGUAUUUUCCGAUGACCAUCUGCGUAUUAUGAAUAACAUGAAUGUAUUAUAUGAAUGUUUGGAUGCUCGUGAUGAUUAUUCUGCUUUAAGAAGGUCGGAACAGUUUAAUGGAGGAAUGAAUGUAGACGGUAAAGGAUACGGUAUCGAUGAUUCGUUGCUUGGAGACGUUGAUGUAGAUAAUAUGAUGGAUGACAUGAGAGAAUUAAUGGGAGACGGUUUGGAAUAUAAUAAUCCUGAGCAUGUGCGAAAGAUGCGCGAGAUAAAUUACAUGAAGAGGGUUCUUAAUUCGUAUGGAUAUGGCGAUUGUGCAAAAAGUGGUCCAGAAACUGGAGAGGUAUUAAAUGAUUACAAUGUUCCGUUGGAAAAUGUAAAUGUUUGGUCGCUUCGGGUAGCGGAAGCUAAACAACUAGUUGUUAGCAAGCGUAAUAAUGAUGUUCCGGAUGUUUGUAAACAUGCAGGUCGUGCUGGGGAGAUUCGUAUGCACGAGUCGCGUGAUAAUUCAUAUGUUGACAACGUCUAUGUGUUGACUAAGAAGGAUCUACAAACAAAAUUGGUCGUAGAUAAGCCGAUUCAAGACAGCGCAAUAUUGAUGGUGAGUGAUACGAUUGUUCAGUUUUCUCUCAACCAAGAGCAGAUUAGGGCUUUUAUGAUUAUUGCAGGUGUGGUUCAGCAUCGUGAUAGAUCGCAGCUGAAAAUGUACGUAGGCGGCAUGGCUGGUACCGGAAAAUCUCAGGUUCUGCGUGCUUUAACAUCGCUCAUGCGUUUGCGUGGUGAGGCAUACAGGUUGUUUCUAAUGGCACCUACAGGAUCAUCAGCCUGUAUUAUUGACGGGAGCACAUAUCAUUCUGCUCUUGGUUUGGGACGA